CUCCCUAUCGAUGGUAGGGCCCGCCGCAGCCGCGUCUCUGGGCGCAGCCAUGUUGGAGACGCAGGACUGGAGCCAUGGCUGUGAGCAUCCGAUCGGCAGCCAGAGCCGGGCCAGCUGUGCUGGGCACAUGCUGGAGGUGCUGCCGGGACUGUUCCUGGGUGGAGCUGCGGCCGUCGCGGAGCCGGACCACCUGAGGAAGGCGGGCAUCACGGCCGUACUGACGGUGGACUCGAAGGAGCCCGACUUCAAGACGGGAGCUGGGGUCGAGGGUCUGUGGAGUCUCUUCGUGCCAGCGCUGGACAAACCCGAGACCGACCUGCUUAGCCAUCUGGACCGGUGCGUGGCCUUCAUCGGCCAGGCCCGCGCCGAGGGCCGCGCGGUGCUGGUGCACUGUCAUGCAGGGGUCAGUCGAAGUGUGGCUGUGAUGACUGCUUUUAUGAUGAAGACUGACCAACUUACCUUUGAAAAAGCCUAUGAAAACCUUAAGACUAUUAAACCAGAGGCUAAGAUGAAUGAGGGGUUUGAGUGGCAACUGAAAUUAUACCAGGCAAUGGGAUGUGAAGUAGAUACCUCUAGUGCAAUUUAUAAACAGUAUCGUUUACAAAAGGUUACAGAGAAGUAUCCAGAAUUGCAGAACUUACCUCAAGAACUCUUUGCUGUUGACCCGUCUGCCAUUUCACAAGGAUUGAAAGGUGGUGUUCUCUACAAAUGUAGAAAGUGCAGGCGAUCUUUAUUUCGAAGUUCUAGCAUUUUGGAUCAUAAUGAAGGAAGUGGUCCUAUAGCCUUUGCCCACAAGAGAAUGACACCAUCCCUCAUGCUUGCUACAGGGAGUCAGGCUCAGUGUACAUCUUAUUUCAUUGAACCUGUACAGUGGAUGGAAUCCACUUUGUUGGGAGUGAUGGAUGGACAGCUUCUUUGCCCCAAAUGCAAUGCCAAGUUGGGUUCUUUCAAUUGGUAUGGUGAACAGUGCUCAUGUGGUAGAUGGAUAACACCUGCUUUUCAAAUACAUAAGAAUAGAGUGGAUGAAAUGAAAAUGCUGCCAGUUUUGGGAUCACAAACAAGAAAAGUAUGAACUUGUGACAUUUGAUAACUUGCUGAUGACAUGUGCUACUCUUGCUUAUUGUCAUUCAUGGCAGAUUGUUAGUUUUUAGGCCAUUAACCUUUCAUUCGAAAUAUGAGAAGAUGAAGAUCACUUGAUGUGACUUAGAAACUACACUUUGUCAGCUUCUUACACUAUUUAAGUAGAAUACUUUAUAUGGAAAUCAAAACUUUUUAAUCAUGUAAGUUAUACUUUAUUUGAUAUUAAAAUCUUCUAUAACCCAGUAUUUCUUUAUUUCAUAUAUAUUUAAAAGUUGUGAUUUUUGGAAUGUUAGUUAUGUAACCUUAAGGUCUAGCUGGAGAAAAUCAUGUAUAAAAAUUAGAAACUGUCAUGUUUAAGUGAUAUUCUUUUAUUUCUAGAAAUGUAAAGCAGAUUUGUUUGGACAUACUUUGACAUUUCUCUUCCUUUUAAGGGACAUUAAUAAAGCUACGUAAAUCUGGAUUUUUCUUAGAAAUGUAGAAGGAAAGGACAUAAGUAAAACAUUGACUAAAAUGUGGUUUUUCUACUACUGUUUAGGAAUCCCAGUUACAUGAAUUUUUAGAAAAGCAUGUUUAAGAUACUUUUUUGAAGUAAUCUAAAUUAAAGCAGUGUAUUAAUGUUAGGUAUAUUUCUAAUGAUGAAGAAAAUUAAGUGUGGAGUAACUACAUAUCAAUCAUCUUUUUAGCCCAAUAUGUUAGAGUAUUGGAAAAGGUAGUAUGUCCAAAUUAGCUUUUUUUUUUAAUGUGAUCUCUGGGGACUGGAAUUUAUUUUACUCGUUGAUAAUAGUUAGAAUUAAACCUAAUUAGAUAUUUGAACAUUUACGUGAAAUCAGAAUUAGCUAAUAAAGAGAAAUGUAGUCUAUGUUCUUAGUACAGUUUUCAUAUUUACACAUGUGAGUGUAUUGAUAUGUACAUUAACACCAAAACGGGAGUUAUUUUAAAUGCAAAAAAAUGUGAAUCAUGAUCCUCUUUAAAAAUGUGCGAGUGUUGUAGAAGAUUCUUGAGAAUAUCUCAGCAUAGGACCUGAAGCCUUUGGCAACUUUCAUAUAAUAAAUUUUUCUUAGAAUUUCUCCAUUUCUGUCUUAGCUUUCACAAUAUCUGUUUACUUCUUUACUUUGUAAUGUUAUACUCUAGAAAGCUUUUUAAAAACAAUUAGGUUGAACCAUAUGAAAUUGCCUGUUGGUAGGUAAAAAGUAAUUGAGUAGCAGUUUCAUAUGGUUCAAGCUAAUAACCUGUCCAUAAUACUGUGGCAUCUAGCACAGAGAAAACUACAUAGAUUUUGUUUGAAUUUAUAAUUGUCAAUUCAGUAAAUAUUUACCAAGCACCUAUUAUGUACACAAUUCUAGGUGGUACAUUGAACAAACUAGAUAAAACCUGCUUUGUAAUUUAUAUUCUAGCCAGGAGACACUGAAAAAUAGUAUCUUUUUUGAAAGAUGAUUGGUAUUUGCCAGUGAGGGAUGAUUUGGGAUACUUGACUUUUCUUUAUGUAAAUUUCGAAGUUUUGUGAAACAUCCACUAAGCAAGAUUUUCAGAUUUAAAGUCUUUUAAUGUUUUAUUUGGGGUGGGGGGGGGAGUAGAUAGAAAAUCCAUUAUGCCUGUGUACUCAAAACAACAAGAAAGGACUCCUUUCUUUUUAAUGUUUGGGAAUAUCAAUGUAAAACAUUUGGAUUUGCACAUAUGUUGAAAAUAGCAAUAUUAACCUUAUUUCAGAGGCAGUGUGGUACAGUGCAAACUGUACUGAAGUAGAAGUCAGAGAGUGGCUCUGAUAUUUCUGGCUCCACUGAUUACCAUCUUCCUGGAAGUGAGCAGGUCUUUUGAAAAUUGAGAGUCAUUUUUCGUCUUCACGAAAUGGGAUUAACAUAUGCGCUGCUCUCCUCACAGGGUUGUGUGAAAGAUCAUUUGCAUUAGCUUUAAUUUCUUUUUAUAUAAAAUGAAGAUAACAGUAGUAUCCACAUCUGGGUUAUUACAAGGAUUUUUGUGCUACAGUGCAGAUAAAGAACUUAGUAUAGUGCCUAGCUAGUAGCAGUCAACACUUUCCCUUAAAAUAGCUGCAGUUUAUUAAGCACUAUGUGCCAGUCACUCCUCAACACUUAAUGUGUGUUUAAUCCUCAAAACAGCCGUGAGAUAGACCCUAUUAUUCCCAUUUUACAGGUGAAAUUGAGGCUCAGAAAGAUUGUCACUUCCUCAAAGUUACAUAGCAGAUGAACCUAGAUUAGAAGCAAGAUUUGGCUUGCUCCAAAAUCUGAGUUUUUAACCUCUAUAUUUUAAUGUUUGGGUUCACUGUUCAGGGUGAUAUUUGUCUUAAAGAUAUCAUACUGAAAAUGUCAAUCAGAUUGUAAAAUCUAACAGUAUUGAUGAAAUGCAUUUUUUAACUAAGCUAUAAAAUUUCACUAGUCAGGCAUCCCACCAACAUUUGUAGGGUUCAGGCAGUACUAAUAGAGGCCUGCAUUCUAUUUGCCUUAAUAUAUAAAAGUUAUAAAUAAAG